CCCGGACAUCAUUGCACGUCUAUGUCCACUUAUGUGUUAAUUUCAAAAUCUUCCCUUCCAAUGCAAUUGUGCUGUAUAUACAGCGAAAUAUUCGAGUUUUUUAUUUGACAAAACUUUUAAGGUUCUAUACUUAAUUCUAGUGGUUCAGUAAUUUAAAUUCAUCUUCGAAAUUAGUAUUCAAGUUACUAUUUGUUUUAAAUGGCAAACAUGUUGAUAAGGACUAGACAGCUUCGGUGCAAAGCUCGAGGUGCAGUGAUUUUAAGAGUGAUUUUCUUUUUCGGGAUUCCGACGUUAUAUUUUUUAUACUCGCGCGGGAUUGUUUCUGAAGCACCGCUGAAAUCCGAGACGACGCAUUUAGAUUUAGGUACAGAAGAUCGAUACUGGUACACGGAUGGUAAUGUAGGUACCCGGCGGUUGCUAGGAUUGGUAUCGAAGGAGGGGAGGAACUGCACUCCGGCCGCGAUCCUUGAGUUCCCUCCUGAUGGCUUCACGCGCUCACAGAGACAACAUGGCUUCAUCGUGGUGCACUGCGUCCUAGCUGUCUACUGCUUCCUCUUGCUGGGCAGCGUGUGCGAACAGUACUUUGUACCGGCCAUUGAAAUCAUAUGCGAACGGCUGAAUAUGGCGUCGGACAUAGCCGGGGCGACGUUCAUGGCCGCGGCGAGUUCCAGCCCGGAGCUGUUCAUCAACUGUGUGGGCACCUUCGUUACGGAGGGCGACCUGGGGGUCGGCGCCAUCGUCGGCUCCGCCGUCUUCAACGUGCUGGCCGUUCCUGCCUGCUGCGCGCUUUUCUCCGGCAUGGUGAUCGAGCUGGACUGGUGGUCGGUGUCGCGCGACUGCCUGAUGUACGCGGUGGCGGUGGUGGCGCUCAUUCUGUCGCUGCUGGACGACAGGAUCUACUGGCACGAGGCGCUGUUGCUCGUCCUCAUGUACACGCUCUACAUACUGGCUAUGGUCUUCAAUGGACGGCUCGGCUCAUUCUUCAAGAGCAGUUGUUGCUCGUUCCAGAAGCCAAAAAUGUAUACCGAAGUCACACCGUUGCUUAUAAAGGAGAAAACAAGCCAGCUGGACGCAGCGGGGCGCAUGACUCGUCCCGACCCUGACACCAAUACCAACCAGCUACACGAAUCCACAGACUCAGACGACAGCGCGAGUUCGGUAUGGUCGUGGCCGGACGAGAAGACGUCGGGAGCGAAGAAGUUCCUGUGGGUACUCACAUGGCCGAUCAGCCUGGUCCUGUGGCUGACAGUGCCCGACUGCCGCCGGCACCAGCGCCUGUACCCGCUCACCUUCGUCAUGUGCGUCGCUUGGAUCGGAGGAGUCUCAUACCUAGUCGCCUGGAUCAUCACUGUCAUUGGUGAUACUUUGAACGUGCCGGACAGUAUAACUGGACUGACCAUCCUAGCCGCCGGCACCAGCUUGCCCGAAGCUGUCUCCAGUGUGCUCGUCACUAACCAUGGACACGGCAAUAUGGGCAUCAGCAACUCGAUCGGGUCCAACACCUUCGACAUCCUCCUCUGCCUGGGCCUGCCUUGGCUCAUUAAGUCCUUGUUUUACCCAUCCACGCCUGGUAAUCAUUGGGUUUCAAUAAACUCAAGCGGGCUGUCAUACAGCGCCCUAUCGCUGCUGUCGACGCUGCUCACCUUGUAUGGAGCACUGGUGCUGAACAAGUUCCAGCUGGACUGGAAGGUGGGCGGCACCUGUGCACUCGUCUACGUCGGAUUCCUCGUUCUGGCUUCGCUCAUCGAACUCAACGUCCUCUUCCAAGUCAACCUGCCCAUUUGCCCGCAUUAGAAAGCCUUGGGUCGUUCAUCCGACGCUAUUAACUCGCUUACUACCCAUAAAGGCUUAACUUCCUGGAUGUACGCGAAAACAAUACAGAAACGGACGGCGAACUCUACGACGGUUUUAAAAAGUAAAAACGUUGAAUUUCACACACGUGAUGAUAAAAAUUAAGGCCGUCGAUAUGAGUAUUUAUUAGUCGUAGCUAUAGUUUCACACGUUAGCUAACGGUCUAUUCACAAUACCUAUAAGAAAGUCUUUAUCUAAGUAUACUUAAACAAUUAUGUAAGUGUUAUUCUCAUGCUAGCUAAGUAUUAUAUACAUUGUACAAUACAUAGCGUAUUUAGGUAAGUAAGUAUACAUAAAAAUUACAAUUAGGUACAUCAGGCUGCAAAUGGAUUCGCUUUCGACGAAUUUGCAUGACGAAGAAACUAGUACCUACCAUCCGGUCAAUAAAACCAAUUGUAAGUAGGUACUCAAGAAUAUUAAUAGGGGAGAUGGUAAAAAACUAUUGCAUCACAAUACUUCCUGUCAACAGCAACCACAGAACAGAUAAGGUCGAUUUUUCGUAUCAACUAUAUAUCGAAAGAAACCCAAAUCCUUUGUAGCCUUAUCUAUUACAAGUAAAUGUCAGACAGGGAGUUAGGACCUGUCUCACUAGGGCACCAAAGGUUGCACCGUUGCGCUACCUGCGGGAAAUUAUCCGGGAUUCCGGGAUUCGUAGUGGCUCCACGAUGGUGUCCCAGUGAGAAAGAGCCCUUAUGUUAGAGACCGUGUUCGAAUACUGAUUUCUUUAUACUACGUAGUAUUUAGUUAAAAUUAAAAGUAUGAUUCAAAA